AUGGGUAUACUUGAUCGUGAACGUCUUAGUUCCAUUGAUUCAGUAUCCAGUCAUCGUCCAGUAACACAUACUGCAGAUUUUGUUUUUGACCUAUAUCGUGAUGCCGAAACUGAUACUCUAUCAAUUGCAGUUUUAAGAAAGGCACUUUAUGAAUAUGGAAUCUGUCGAGACGAUCCACGGUUAAGUGAGUUUUUUCGAAAGGUUCAGAAACUUGAACGACGUGAUUCUACCAGCGAACCAACAACUCGUGAAACGCUGAACGCUAACCUUGAUCGAGAAACUUUCAAAAAGUGUGUCGAUGCAGACAUUGGAAUCAUUGAAAACGCAUUAAAAAGAAAGUUAGUUGUUCCAGACUGGACAAAAUUCACUUCAGUUUUAUCGCUAAUUUUCCAGAGUCUUCAGGAUUGUAGCGACGGAGCGGUAGCUGACUAUAUUCCACAGUUGGCUCGAUCAAAUCCGAACAGUUGGGGUUUAGCGAUUUGUACAAUUGAUGGCCAAAGAAGGCAGUGGGGUGAUGCUAAAUUACCAUUCUGUCUACAAAGUGUUUCCAAACCGUUUACCUACGCUAUUGCACUGGAAGAGUUGGGUGCUGAAGAGGUUCACAAAUACGUUGGUCAAGAACCGUCUGGGCGAUUAUUCAAUGAAAUUUGCCUAGAUCAUAACAAAAAACCACAUAAUCCGAUGAUAAAUGCUGGGGCUAUCCUUGUUGCAUCGCUACUGAAGAGGAAUUUAUCACUGUCUGAACGAUUUGACUUCGUAUUAAGGCAGUUUAAACAAUUUGCUUCUGGUGGAUAUGUUGGUUUCAAUAAUGCUGUCUUCCUUUCUGAGCGGGAAACAGCCGAUAGAAACUAUGCAUUGUCGUAUUACAUGAGAGAGCAUAAAUGUUUUCCAGAAAAUACCAGUAUACAAGAUACCCUCGAUUUGUAUUUUCAACUAUGUUCCAUUGAAACGAAUGCGGAAACUUUAGCUAUUAUGGCAGCUACGUUGGCUAACGGAGGUGUAUCACCACUUACCGGACAACAAGUGGUAUCCAACUGUGCCGUUCGAGACACUUUGUCAUUGAUGUAUUCCUGUGGCAUGUACGAUUAUUCUGGUCAAUUUGCCUUUAGUGUUGGUUUACCGGCGAAAAGUGGUGUUUCAGGUGACAUGAUUAUUGUCGUUCCAAAUAUAUUAGGUAUUUGCCUGUAUUCCCCCCCACUUGACUCGCUUGGCAACACUGUUCGUGGCGUGAAAUUUGCUGAACAACUUGUUCAAAAUUUCAAUUUCCACAAUUAUGAUAGUCUUGUACAUACAGAAACGCAUAAAAUUGAUCCUAGAAGACACGCCAACGAGAAUAAGCACGAAUAUGUCUCAAAUAUGAUGUAUGCUGCUAAAGCUGGUGAUAUUUCCGCUAUACAACGAUAUCUUUUGCUUGGUGCCAAUAUUCAUGAAAGAGAUUACGACAACAGAACCGUACUUCACAUUGCUGCAGCUGAAGGUAACGAACGACUUCUGCAGUUCUUGCUCCACCGAUGGAAAGAAAGCCCUGAACCAGAAGACCGUUACGGGAGGAAGCCCAUUGAUGAUGCCAAAAUAUUCAAACGACACAAAUGUGUAGAGAUACUCGAGAGGGCAAACGAACACUUCUUAAAGGGAACAACAGACAGUGACAAUGAUCAACCAUUCAAUGAAUGA